GUGAUGUAUGUUUAUUAUUGUGCAGCUGCUGCCUGACAGCAAAGUACCGCCAUUUUGACAAGCAUUAUCCCCUUAGCCACCACCUUCAAGACACCCUAGCCCUGUUAUAAUUUUUAAUAUGGGAUCAUUCGCUGGGCGAGUAGUUCAGUUUGAGAUGCCCAUCAUCAACACCAAUGUAGGAAUGACGUCGUCCUCCGAACCCGCUGCCGGCGCUCGUGAAGCUGGCCAAGCGUCGCCUUCGACGCGCCACCAUGGCGCAAGCAUUCCCUCUAACCGCUCCCUCGACCAACCGGCCGAGAGCUCCAACGAACGAUCCCCUCUCCUCAGCAGCGCCAGCGACGAGCAAAAUGGCCUCGCGGAUGAAAACACAUGGCUCGGCGAUGGGGAUGACAACCAAAACACCAAGAGCGUUUGGUACCUCAUCUUGCUGACCAUCAGCAUUGGCGGCCUGCAGAUCGCCUGGUCUGUCGAAUUGUCCAAUGGCUCGCCAUAUCUGCUGUCGCUUGGCCUGAGCAAGUCCCUAAUGGCCCUGGUAUGGAUCGCAGGGCCUCUGACGGGCACUUUGGUUCAGCCAUAUGUCGGCAUGCUGAGUGACAAUUGCCGUCUGCCCUGGGGUAAGCGGAAGCCCUUCAUGGCAGGCGGUGCCAUCGCCACCAUCAUAUCUCUCUUAUUUCUGGCCUGGACAAAGGAAAUCGUCGCCAGCUUCUUUGGAAUAUUUGGUGCCAACCCCGAGUCCGACAGCGUCAAGACAAUUACUAUCGUCGUUGCCGUUAUCGGCAUUUACGUGCUGGACUUUGCAAUCAACACUGUCCAGGCGGCCAUCCGCGCUUUCAUCGUUGACUGUGCGCCAGCUCAUCAGCAAGAGGCUGCGAAUGCGAUGGCUAGCCGGAUCACUGGUUUUGGUAAUAUCGUGGGAUACAUUGCUGGAUAUACCGACCUCCCGAAGUAUCUAUGGUUCCUUGGGAGGACUCAGUUCCAGGUCCUCUGCGCCAUCGCCAGCGUCGCCCUUGCUGCGACAAUUUUCGUGAGCACCACCCUCAUCCACGAGCGGGACCCUCGAUUAGACGGGCCUGCUCAAAAGGAUAGGCCGAACGUCAUAUCCUUCUUCUUCACCAUAUUUACGUCCAUCAAGCGCUUGCCUCCCCAGAUCAAGCGUGUGUGUGAGGUCCAGUUCUUUGCAUGGAUUGGUUUCUUUCCUCUACUCUUCUACACAUCAUCGUACAUUGGAGAAAUCUACGUCGAACCCUACCUCCAGGAGAAUCCCCAUAUGACACCGGCUGAGCUCGAUAAACUUUAUGAGCAGGCAACGCGCAUCGGCACCUUUGCUUUGCUCGUGAACUCGAUUGUGAGCCUACUCACUAAUGUCUUCCUUCCCUUUUUUAUUGCACCAACCUAUGAUGUGCAACCUAGCACAACUGUAGGACUGGGAGAGUCGGAUACUGCCAGGGAGUAUGACGAUGAUGAUGAUAGGCAUUCAUGGUUGGAUCGCCUGAGGAUCCCCGGUUUCACGCUCAAGCGCGCAUGGUUUGCGUCGCUAGUUCUCUUUGCCGGAGCCAUGGCUUGUACCGUCCUUGUGCGAACUGUGGAGGCAGCGACGGCUUUGAUCGGCCUCGUCGGUAUCACAUGGGCCAUGACUCUCUGGGCGCCGUGGGCCAUCAUCAGCGCGGAGAUUAGCAAACGUGAUGCCCUAGUUCGGGCGCAGAAGCUUCGGAGACUGAAUCUUGAAUCAAGUGCCGAUGGCGCUUCUUCGUCGGCCGCGGCAGAUGAGAAUGGAGAGUCCAGUGAAAGCUCAGAAGAAGAUGAGGAGAUUGACCAGGCUGGAGUAAUCCUCGGGAUUCACAACAUGGCUAUCGCAGCCCCCCAAAUCAUUGCGACUGUGGGUUCCAGCAUCAUCUUCAAGAUUUGGCAGAAACCUCGUGGUACGCCCGGCGACCACAGCAUUGCGAUAGUGCUCGCUCUUGGCGGUGGUUGUGUCUUGUUGUCCUCCUUCUUCGUCGCAAAGAUCAAAGACGACGCAUCAAUGCCAGCCGAUGCCAUGAUUGAAGCAGAACAGGGCCAGGCAAGUCGGGAUGUCACAUCCCGGCCUGGGUCUUCAUGGAGUCGGAAGUCUAGCUAUGAACGGCUGUCAAGGGCAAGCCAAGGGCAGGCAACAUUGACGAGGAACAAGAGCUUCAGUGGUGCAGAGAUGCAUUGAUUUUGCAUAAUAAUUGGCGCUCGGUUGAUGAAUAUGGUAUUUUUAUUUUUGCAUAUGGUUUUGAGGAGCAACUAGGGCAUUUGGCCGGAGGGCCACAGCCACUCGCUGUUACGCACAUGGGAUUUGGGUCACUUGCAUCACUGGAAUACACUUUGGAUAAGACUUAGAGAUCCAAGAUAUGUCGGUCUCAAUGAGUUCGACAACUCCAAUGUCAUAAGCAUGGGGGAUAUAACACUGUUGCUUUUGUAUUGAUUAUGUUCCCGCUUCUGGCCUUUCUUGCUGAACAGACACAAGAAUACACACAUUCGGAAUUGAAGUCACUGUUAUGCUUGAUCUGCUGAGGGACAUAAAGGAACUAUUAAUGAUUUUGUUGAAACUGCUUGGCAUGGAUCAUGGUACUUUCUCGGACAGUAAUAACAGGGUUGUAUGCAUCAUCAAACUGAGGAUGGAAUCAAUAAUAGAGGUUAUAGACUCGAACCACACCCGCUCUAGUCCG